AUGGCGGAGAGUCCGGCGGCUGAGGCGAUCAUUCUCCCGGGAGCGGUGGGAGGAGGAGUGGUGACCCAUCUGAGCGCCCUGCAGCCCCCCGGGACCUCUCACCUGGCCGCCUCCUCGGUGUGGGACCCGACCUCCAGCGCCGACUGGGACAACGAGAGGGCGUCCGCCCAAUGUGUGCUCCGCAUCAAACGGGAUAUCAUGUCCAUUUACAAAGAACCUCCUCCGGGGAUGUUUGUGGUUCCUGACCCACAUGACAUGACGAAGAUCCAUGCCCUCAUAACAGGUCCAUUUGACACACCGUAUGAAGGAGGGUUCUUCUUAUUCUUGUUCCGAUGUCCUCCAGAUUACCCGAUUCAUCCACCGCGAGUGAAGCUGAUGACAACGGGCAACAACACUGUGAGAUUUAACCCCAACUUUUACCGCAAUGGCAAAGUCUGCCUUAGUAUCCUUGGUACAUGGACAGGACCUGCAUGGAGUCCAGCUCAGAGCCUGUCCUCCGUACUCAUCUCUAUCCAGUCCCUGAUGACAGAGAAUCCUUAUCACAAUGAACCUGGCUUCGAACAGGAGAGACACUCAGGAGACAGCAAGAACUACAAUGAGUGCAUUCGUCAUGAGACCAUCAGAGUGGCAGUAUGUGACAUGCUGGAGGGCAAGUGCCAGUGUCCAGAGGCCUUACGGACCGUUAUGGAGAAAUCGUUUUUUGGAAUAUUACGAUUUUUAUGAAGCAGUUUGCAAAGACAGAUUUCAUCUACAAGGACAGAGCAUGCAGGAUCCAUUUGGCGAGAAGCGAGGGCAUUUUGACUACCAGUCUCUGCUCAGCCGCUUGCAGCUCAUCCAGCAAAGAGUUCGGGAGAAACAUCGGUGCGAGACCGUGGAUAUAGACUCAGAAUCCAGCUCUUCUGAAACAGAAAUGGACACCCAGGGGAGCUCAAACCCCUAA